UUCUCCAAACUACACGAUCACCCAGUAACAGUGUUUAUUGACUGAUUUAAAAGUAAAAUAAUACUUUUUUUUUUCCUGGUCAUCAACUGGAUUUUUAAGCCAAGUGAAAACCAGCUGUGGAAACAAUGGGGAUCACUAAACUGGCUGAUCUGAUCCGCUCAGAUGCUCGCGAGGCCGUUUCCUAUAAAGAUAUCAAUGACUACACAGGGAAAGUAAUUGCUCUGGAUACGUCUAUUGUCGUGAACCAGUUCCGAACAGCUACGCCUUCACUGAGCCCCCUGACUGGUCUCUUCUUUCGCACCCUCACCUUCCUGGAAUAUGAUAUCAAACCCGUCUUUGUAUUUGAUGGAACGCCGCCCAAAGAAAAGAUACCUGUGCUUGAGAAGCGGGCUGAAGCCGCUGGCUUGGGCCCCCCCAGACGGACAGGCAUAGCAUCGGCCCAGAUGAGGGAUUGUGUUGAACUUCUGAAGUAUCUGGGCGUUCCUACAAUCCAGGCUCCAGGGGACGCUGAGGCACUGUGCGCCGGCCUGGUGAGAGAGGGGACUGUUGACGCAGUUUCAUCUGAGGACAUGGACACUCUGCCGUUUGGAGCUCAUAUUCUCAUCCGCCAGCUGAAUGCCAAAAAGGACAGCGAGGUGGUUGAAUAUUCCUUACCCAAACUGCUAGACAUACUCCAAAUUAGUCAAGAGGAGCUUGUUGACCUCUCUAUUCUGCUGGGCUGCGACUACUGUGACAAGAUACCGGGUUUGGGUCCAAAGAGAGCUCUGACUCUGAUCCAGAAGCACCGCAGUAUUGAAAAUGUGGUUUUGCACGUCAAUAGAAAGACUCAUCCUGUCCCACAUUUCUGGAAAUACAAAGAGGCAAGAAAGAUAUUCUUGGAUACACCACACGUCCCGAUUCCUGAGCUCAUCUGGACCGAGCCGGAUGAGGAGGCUUUGGUGGGCUUCCUCUGUCACGUCAAACACACCAAGGAAGCGCGGGUCCGUCAUCGAAUGCAGAUGUUUCGCGAGAAGCGAAAAAAUAAGCGAGAGGAAAGGGAAAAGGAAAAGGAGAAGGCUGCAGGAAUCAAGAAGCAGAGUCGGAUAGAAGACUUCUUCAGAGUUACGAGAAAGAGGCAACAGCCCGUGGAAGUUGCAUCACCUUUAAGUGGCAACAAAAAGAAAUCUAAAUAUAAAUAAUUGUGCACCUGUUGUUGCACUGCAAAUUGAAGGCAGGGGUCUUUCCCCCCCUUCUCCCCCUCUCAAAAAAUCAUGCAAAAGCUUGACAAGCGGUUAAUUUCAUUUGUACAAAGUAAUUGUCCUGUUUUUAUGCUAAUAUUCCAUUACUAAAUGCCGGAAUCAUUAAUUUGGAAGUUGAAAUUGUUUGAGUGACAGCUGCUGUCCGUGUCGGAUAUCAGUUUUGCAGUUAAAAAGAGCCUCUUGCAAAGACUCUAUGUUUGGUAUUUAUAUUUGCAUCAUGGAAAACACUGACUUAAACUCAAAGUCCCUUUGUCAUUACAGUGUUCUGAUCUUGUCUGAACAGCAGUGUUUACGACAGGGCAAUGCACUGAGCCGUUCCUCGGCCCAUGAAGCAGUUUCCUGCAAAGCCGCCGAGAUGGGCUGAGCAGGAGGUAGCCGGCCAUGAAAGAGGACAGUGUGAUCAUUGUCAGGAUGUUCUUUCCUUAAGCCAAAACUGGAGACAAGCUAUGUCUCUUGGCUAGAUAUUCAAUGUGCACCUGUUGUAUAAAGGGGGCCAAGGCAGAGACCAAAGACUUGAAUUUCAAAACAUGUCCUGAAGUGGCACAAUGUCUGAAAGAGAAAGUGAGAUGACAACAUUUUGAUUACUGAAAAUUGCUGUAUGGUUUAUAUUUUUAUAUCUCAUUCUUUUUUUCAUUUUACAUUAA